GUCAGUGAUAAAAUGUCAAUGGAACCACAACAUCAAUCGGAUUGUGGUUAUUUGUUUUGCGAAAAUACAAUUAUUUACCGUGGAUAAUUGUAAAUAAUUAAUUUUAUAUUACACUAUAUGUGUUAAGAUUACAGUUACAACUAUUGAAAAACCCGUUGUAUUAAACAAGCAAAACAAUGGGUGAUAACAAACAAGUAAAAAUGCACAAGAAACCGAUAUCCUUCGGCAAAAUAAAGUUUAACAUCCCCAAAACCAGCGAAGGCGACAAUAAUGAAGCUAACACGUCCGGCUUUGGCACAUUCGGACGUACUCCCAUCCAAGAACACAAGGAAAUCGAAGAAAUAGCCGAGGAUUUGGAAAAUCAGCAUGUACAACAAGUUAUGGGUAUCAAAAACUUCGGUAAAAAGGCUAAGAACUUCGAUCUCGAUGAAUUAGUAGAACAGGCAAAGGUAAAUGCUCAGGAAGCCUAUAAAAAGAGGUUGGAGGCUGAAGCCUCUAUGGUGAAAGAACCAGAGACAAAGAAUGAUGACAAAAGUGAUGAAGAGGUAAUAGGGCCUUUACCACCAGGGUUGGCACAGGAUGAUGAUGAUGAUGAUGACGUGAUUGGCCCACCAAUACCACCAGAGCUUCUGAAUAAAGAUGAUAAAACUAAGGGUAAGAAAGGUGAUAAGGAUGGUGAAGACAGCUAUGAUGAAUUAAGUGGGGAUGAUGAUGAUGAGAAUCUGCCUUUGGAGAAAAGGAUACCAAAUAGUCAUGAGGUGGAGAUGCUACACGGUAACAAAGCUGUGGUAGCGCUCGCAGUUGACCCUUCAGGAGCCCGGCUGGCAACUGGCUCCAUAGAUUAUGAUGUAUCAUUCUGGGAUUUUGCUGGUAUGGACUCAUCAAUGCGUUCAUUCCGCACUCUCCAACCCUGUGAGAACCACCCCAUCAAGGCCCUACAGUACUCAACAACGGGAGACUCCAUCCUGGUGGUCAGUGGGGCAGCUCAAGCUAAAGUGCUGGAUAGAGACGGCUUCGAAGUGCUGGAGUGUGUGAAGGGUGACCAGUAUAUUACGGAUAUGGCUAAGACCAAAGGCCACACAGCAGCUCUCAACAGCGGUUGCUGGCACCCACACAUCCGAGAAGAAUUCAUGACAUGCUCCCAAGACGGAACCCUUCGACUCUGGCUGACAGAGAACCCAAAACAGCACAAAGCUGUCAUAAAACCUCGACAGCAAGGAGGUCUGAAGACCAACCCAACUGCUUGCACGUUCUCUAGAGAUGGCAACACAGUCGCUUGUGGUUGCUAUGACGGUUCCAUUCAAAUGUGGGACCAUAGGAAGAAUUUUGUAAACACCACAGCCUGUGUAAGAGACUGCCAUCAAAAACAAUCAGAAAUAUCAAGCAUAUCGUACUCUUAUCUUGGCUCCUAUUUAGCAAGCAGAGGAAAUGAUGAUACCCUCAAAAUAUGGGAUUUAAGGAACUUUAGGAAACCUCUGCAUGUUUUCGGGGACCUAUUUUCGAGGUAUGAGCAAACGGAUUGUGCGUUCAGUCCUGAUGAUACACUGGUAUUCACAGGAGAGUCGUUACAAAGGGGUCAGGAUAUAGGCAAAUUAAUAUUCUAUAACACAAAAACGUUUGAACAAACUACACAUAUAGAUGUCACAAAAUCUCAUGUCAUAAAAGCUAUUUGGCACGCGAAAUUGAAUCAAAUAUUUGUGGGGUGCGGAAACGGCGUAGUCAAAUGCUACUUUGACCAGAAAAAGAGUUUACGUGGAGCUAAACUGUGUAUAGUUAAAACACAUAGGAAGAAACACACGAUGGAAGUCGUGAGCGCCCAACAGAUUAUCACUCCUCAUGCAUUACCACUAUUUAGACAGGAGAAACUGCGAACAAGUAAAAAGAAGAUGGAGAAAGACCGUCUAGACCCUGUCAAGUCCCAUAGGCCUGAUUUACCCAUCACAUCAGGCCAGGGAGGUAGAGUAGCUGCCUCAGGAAGUACUCUAAGCUCCUUCGUCAUCAGGAACCUAGGGUUAAGUAAGAGGGUUGAUGAUGAGCAGGAUCCAAGGGAAGCUAUCCUGAAAUAUGCUAAAGAAGCAGAAGAAAAUCCCUUCUGGGUGGCCCCAGCUUAUAAGAAAACUCAGCCGCAGCCUAUUUUUCAGAGUGGGGAGGAAGAUGGGCCUUCAGAUGCUAAGAAACCUAAAUCUUCGUAAUAAGGAGUAGAUGUUUUAGCAGAAAUCAUGGAUGUCAAUAGUUAAUUGUAAGAUCUAGAAGCAUAUCAAUUGCUGUAAUUCAGUCUUUAUUGAAAUAAUAAAGGCCUCUAGGCCGAAUUCAAGAAGCUACAUGGAAAAAUCGCAUGACACAAACGUUAUAACCACCGCAUAAAUAUUUGAACAGGCAAUUUGAAUUCUACCCACCUGUAAUGCCAUAAUCCAAUUUAUGCAUUUUUAAAGUAAUGUAGUUUCCUUCUGACGAUGAAGUCCAUAUGCAAAACUUUAGUAGAAAGCUUAGUAGAAGGGAAAAAAGCCUACUUAUGUAUAAAGUACAUGUUACAAUUUUAAAUAUCCAUUUUAUUGUUACUUGACCCUGUAAAUAUU